UUCAUGCACGUGAAAGUGCGACUGCCUGCAGGUCCGCGUUUGUCAAGCCCCACCCUCAAACAAGGCUGAGUCGCACCUUCCUCCUUCACUUUGAGCAACGUCUCUUUAUCACUCAACAAAAAGGACAUGGAGCAGACAGACUUGCUUGCUCUCUGAUUUGUCUCAGCCAGCUCGUUUGCUGCUUCAUUCACACUCACCGGCCGGCUGUCAAAACUCAAGAUCAUCCUCGUCCCACGUCCGACCACAUUCAACCCUCAGAGCUUUCCACGGCAUCUGCUCUCAGUGGAGACGCAACAGCAAGGCGCACCAGCCGCACAACCACUCGCACUUGACAACAUGUCAGGCAUUUCGCAGCUCAUCAACACGUCUGCGUUCCUGGGCAACUUCCUCACCUCCCUGCACGCCCUGAGGCCGUCCCUGCCCCCGCUUCCAUCUGAGGUCCAACGACAGAUCGUCGACCUCGUCAUCACCGACCAGACGAGCACAGAGAAUGACCAGAACUCCACCCCUCUUCCACCUCGCAAUCCAGCCGGAAUCCCGCCCGCCAACGGCUCCUCGCCAUUCAUGAACUUGCCCACCGAGCUGCGCCGAUCCAUCUUCUUCGACUCCCUUCCUUCUUCCACCAAAGCGUACCAUCCCAGCUGCAAGGACUGUCCCGAUGCCCGCUUCAAUAGCAAGCUGGAUCCCGACGUGCAGCCGCGCCGCAACAGCACGUCGGAUCUUAUGACUCUCAACAAGAAGAUUUGUGGCGAGAUUACGGAGUUGCUGUACAAAGAGCGCACGUUUGUCAUCCACGUCCACGAAGGCCUACGUGAUGGGGGUAUUGAAUUCCAAGACACUGGCCGUCAGCCGCUUCAGUACAAAGACAACAUCGACGACGCGCGAUUCUUCAAAUUCGGACAAGACGAUCAAUUCGGAUUCCAUCGUUUGAAGAAGAUUGUGAUUCAAAUCUAUCCAUCCUUCGAAGAGAACAACCGCCAUGUCGCCAUCAACACCUUCUUCAUGCAUCUCGCACUGUGCCGCCUGCUGGAGAGGUCGGGAGGAGCAAAGAAUCGCAUCACAGAGCUGGGGAUUGAAUUCGUCGUGCCAAAGAGGCCUCGUGGCGUCACUCGCCAGAAUCACUUCCGUCACAACUACUGGUGGGAUCCGUUCAGACAGCAGCCAUGCGCGACAAGCAUCCACAAUCUCAGCAACGUCGAACUCGCGCUCCGUCCUUUCGCUACGCUUACCGGUUGCCACAAGGCCUGGGUCAAGCUGCCCAAGAUGAUGGAAAAGCAUCGGGCUACUCUCACCUUCGUGGACGCUCUCACGAAGAGCAUGAUGAGCAGAGCCGGCACCCUCUUCAUGGACGAUGACCUUGAGAGGAAGAUUGAGACUUCGCGCGCCGCGAUGGAAGACUACGUCUUUUCCAUUCUGCACGGGACUGGCCAUCGUAAAGUGAGCAAGCUGACUGCCGAAGACAUGCAGAAUGACGACGAUGGCAUGGAUGAAGAAGAAGAAGAAGCGCUACUAUGGAAAGAGAACGACAGUCCGACCGACGUGGAAUGGGAUGGCACAGUGACCAGACGGCUCUCCAGGAAGUCACGGUUCGAUGACUACCAGGGCAACGGAGAAAACGAAGACGAGGAAGACAGAGGCCUUCAAGCUGCCAUUGCUGCAUCACUCGUGCAGUCCAGCAUGCAUGCGAAGCGCAAGUCCCCGGACACCUCCUUCACCCCCGUGAAGAGGGAGCGCAAUGAUGUGCACGGGAGGUACACGACUGGAACGGCCUCCCCUGACGAGUUUGUCAAUUUCGGCUGGAACGCUUACUCCACGCUGUCGACCUGGCCGGGCCUGGCGGAAGCGGCUCGUCAUCCUUCCAAUGCUGUCGGCUUCCCUGGUAUGCCAUUGCGGAGCAAGCAGUCGAUUCGAGUAGCGGGCCCCAAGGCGGUGAUCGAUCUCACGGGGGAAGAUGGCGAUGGAAGCUACGACCUGCGCUACCGUACGCCUUCUCCCGUGCUGGCUGCUCACGACGUGGUGGAUCUGACGGGCGACUCAGAGAGCGCAGAAGAUGCUAUGGAUGUGGAGAGCAGUGACGCAUCGUCGGAGUCAUAUGCGAAUGACGAUUCUUUCCACACCACCCUUUCCAGUCCUUUGGGCAAGAGCCUCUCCCUGGUCUGAUUGGAACAAUCGCUGGGUGAAUGGGCUGAGUUAAGAAAGGAGGGUGUUUGCGCUGGAGAAGCAGGCCAGGGGUAUUCGGGAACGGAAGGAGUUGCAAUGGUCGACCGCAUAGGUGGACGCUCGUCUGGCAUGCAUGCUCCAGGGGACCAGGGGCGGCAUUUGACUUGCUGGAGCGUGCGAUGCUGUAUCAUACGUACUCGUAGCGUAACUACAUACCCCAUACUUUUCAAUGCGAUAGGACAAGAUCGUCCAUCAGAAACGAUCGAAGGAUCGUAUACGUGAUGAGAUAGGAGCGGCUAAAAAAUACAUGGCCACGGAACGAUUGAUGUAAGCACUACUUCCAGCAUCUGACACUUUCGGG